AUGGCUGCCAGACUCUUCAGACCACAGCUGCUACGUAGCUCGAGAAUCGCACUUGAAUGCUCAGUCUGCGCUCAACGUCAGUCCUCCCAGCUUGCGCGCUCGAGGUUACAGUCGCCUUUCCGGCCGGCAGUGUGUCGAACAUACGCUACGGUGAAACCCGGCGAUCCAAAGAAGCCUAAGAAGGAGAAGGACGAGCAGAAGCCCGUCGAGCCUGAGAAGGAGAAGGAGGAUCCGGCGGCGUUGAAGGACAACCUCGGUUCCAACAAGGGCGAGACUCCCGCAGAAGAUGGCCAGGUCAAGGCCGAAGCGGUCAAGGAGGAGGAGAAGAAGUACGACAUCCCACCCGGCUUCUCGCCUCUCAGUGAAGAGGAUAUGAAGCAAGUAGACGAGAUCAUGGCCAUCAUCUCGCAAGGCCUUCCGAAACGGCAAGUCGAGGCAAUGAAAAUUGCGAAGGAGGUAGUCAGGAGAGGCGGCGUUCCUCAAGAACUUCGAGACGUAAUUGAAGACCGAAAACGAAAUCCCGACAAGAAAAUUGACAUCGCGACCACCGUGUCUCUGGUCCGCGCCCUCAUGAAGAUGUACACCAAGACGCCAUAUGAAGUAUGGAAGGACUCGAUUGACAAGGUUGAGGGGAAAGCAGAGAAAGAUGGCUCACCUAACAUGUUCGAACAGUCCAACAAGGAGAAAUCAUCCAACAAUGGAAAGCAGGAGCAGAAAGAAGGCUCGCAGCAGUCUCCUGGCAUGCAAUUUCAGAUCGGACGCUUUAAGAUGGAUAUGACCACUGUGAUCCUCUCGACACUGGCAUCGAUGUAUCUGUACAAUCAGAUCUUCCCCGGAGAGUCCUCACGAGACAUCACGUGGCAGGAAUUCAGAGCCACUUUUCUCGACAAGGGACUGGUUGACAAGCUCACUGUCUUGAAUCGCGGAAGGGUACGAGUUGAAGUCCACCGUGAUGCUGUUGCAAACAUGUACCCAGAGUCGCCUGCCGGGCGAGGGAAUUUCUACUACUAUUUCUCCAUCGGAUCUGUCGAGGGCUUCGAGAGGAGACUAGACGAAGCGCAAGAGGAGCUAGGCAUUCCUUCCAACGAGAGGAUACCAGUCGCCUAUGCCGAUGAGGUCUCGAUCGGCGCAGCAAUCUACUCUUUUGGUCCAACGCUACUCUUCAUUGGCGUCCUCUUCUGGAUGUCACGGCGCGCUGCUGGCGGUGCUGGCGGCCAAAGCGGCAUCUUUGGCAUCGGAAAGUCUCGCGCCAAGAAGUUCAACCACGAGACGGACAUCAAGACGAAGUUCGCCGACGUGGCUGGCAUGGAGGAGGCAAAGGUCGAGAUCAUGGAAUUCGUUUCAUUCCUGAAGGACCCCUCGAAGUACCAAUCACUCGGCGCCAAGAUUCCUCGAGGUGCUAUCUUGUCAGGUCCGCCCGGUACCGGUAAGACUCUCUUGGCUAAAGCCACUGCUGGCGAGUCUGGCGUUCCAUUUUUCUCCGUGUCCGGAUCAGAGUUCGUGGAAAUGUUUGUCGGUGUCGGGCCUUCACGUGUGCGGGAUCUUUUCGCGAAUGCUCGCAAGAGCACACCCUGCAUCAUCUUCAUCGACGAAAUCGAUGCUAUUGGAAAGUCAAGAGCCAAGCAAAGUUUCGGCGGCGGCAGCGAUGAACGAGAAUCCACGCUCAACCAGAUCCUGACCGAGAUGGACGGCUUCAACACAUCGGAACAAGUUGUUGUGCUUGCCGGCACCAACAGGCCUGACGUGCUCGACAAGGCCUUGAUGCGCCCUGGCCGGUUCGACAGACACAUUGCGAUUGAUAGACCUACGAUGGACGGCCGCAAGCAAAUCUUCAAGGUGCACCUACGUAAGAUCAAGACCGAUGUCGACAUGGACUACCUCACCGGACGACUCUCAGCCCUCACCCCCGGCUUCUCCGGCGCCGAUAUUGCCAACUGCUGCAACGAAGCCGCUCUCAUCGCUGCACGUGUUGAAUCAAAGUCCGUGGAGAUGACCCACUUCGAGCAAGCCAUCGAGCGCGUCAUCGGCGGACUCGAGAAAAAGUCAAUGGUCCUCUCACCUGAAGAGAAGAAGACCGUUGCCUAUCACGAAGCCGGCCAUGCUAUCUGUGGAUGGUUCUUCGAGCACGCCGACCCACUUCUCAAAGUCUCGAUCAUCCCCCGCGGCCAAGGCGCUCUUGGAUACGCGCAGUACCUCCCUGCCGGUGGCAACGACGUGUACCUCAUGAACGUCAAGCAACUGAUGGACCGCAUGGCCAUGACCCUCGGCGGACGCGUUAGCGAGGAGAUCUGGUUCGACACCGUGACGAGCGGCGCAUCCGAUGACUUCAACAAAGUCACGCGCAUGGCGACCGCUAUGGUCACGGAAUGGGGCAUGUCACAAAAGAUCGGGUACUUGAACUACAAGGACGACGAGCAGCGUCUGCACAAGCCCUUCUCGGAGGAGACCGCACGGAAUAUUGACCAAGAGGUGCGGAGGAUAGUUGAUGAGGCUUACAAGCAGUGCAAGGACCUGCUGCUGGAGAAGAAGGACCAGCUGCAGGCCAUUGCGGAGGAAUUGCUGAAGAAGGAGAUGUUGGUGCGCGACGACCUUGUACGGGUAUUAGGUCCUCGACCUUUCGAAGACAAGGGUGACUUUUCGAAGUUCUUUGACAACCAACAGGGAAAGAGCGCUCCACCACCUCCACCAACCGAGCAAGAAGGCCCAUCAGGUGCCGAGCCAGAGAUCCCGGCGCCGGCAUUCAAGCGUCAUGUCGAGCAGCCUCGACUGUGA